AUGGAAUCACUUCCACGCGAGUUCAUCCUCCACAAAAUACCCCUGAUGGCAGUCAUGGGCCUUGGCACCGGGAAAGACUCUGAGCCUACCUCACCCACCUCUCCAGUGUCAAGACGUAACUCAAUGAGUACGGGCUCUUCGUCAUCGAUAACCACUCGUCAACAAAUUUCGAAAAGUCUGUUGGCGCUUCUCACUGCAAAGAACCAAGGUGCUGGUGGUGGUAUAUGGGAAGCUGGUAAAGGCUCGAAUGCAACUUUCCACGUUGUGGCAGUUGAGAAGAACCAUGAGUUUCCCUCUCGAAAAUUCAGCUCGCGUUCUUCAUCAACUGCUGCACCACAUCUCACUAUGCCAGUUCCACAUUCACCUCUCUCGCCUUUGACACCCGGGUCUCCUCUACAUCCUGACGGCCUUAUAUCACCCAUCUGGGUUCGAAAACAUCGUGAAACUAUUCCUGCUGUUGCGGUAGGAUUUUACGAUUUGUGGGACCGAUCAUCGUCAUCUACAACAGCAAUGGGUGGAAUCUCUAGUGAAAAAUUGGAUGAAAAAGGCGAUGGUAAUGGUGUUGGUGUAUCAAUUUCAGUGCAUGAAACUUUGGAUACUUCUGAUAAUAUUGAAAAGGAGCGUGAUAGACAAUUAGCUGCUGAAAUUAGCGAAAGAAGAAAGACGACACAGGACCGUGGUAUUAAAUUCGCAGCUGUAGUCAUUCUAAAACAACAACACAUAGACGAUCCCGCUAUAGAAGAGAGAAUAAAUUUUAUACGAAAAUCCAGUGGGCUAGAACAGAAAAAUUCUUUUUUCGUAUUGUCGUCUACUACUCAAAACGAAUUACAGAAUUUUGCUAUAAACCUCCAAAAAUCUUUAUAUGAAGUUGCUCUUGGAUAUUAUCGGGAGAUCGGUAAACGCAUAAAAAAGAAACGUUCAAAAUUACCGUCACCGGUAUCAGCGCCCUAUGUACAAUUGCCAUCUGACCAACUGCCAAACAUGGCACCACAACGUUCAAAAUUACCGUCACCGGUAUCAGCUUCCUAUGUACAACUGCCAUCUGAACAACCGCCAAACAUGACACCACAACCAUUGGGAAUCCAAGGAUGGAUGGUUAGAUAUGAUUAUAAAAUGGCGACUUUUGCUGAAUUUCGACAAGAAAUAGAAACUGCCAUAAAGUAUUAUGAAUCUGCAUAUAAUUUGCUUUUGGAUAUGUUUGCUCCUACUUCUUCUAUUACUCCUGGAGCACCCGGAUUUCCUAUACGCACCAAAAGAUGGACUGAAGCAAAGGUCUUAGUUGACUGCAUAAAUUUAAAAAUUUGCAAAUUAAAUCUUUAUUUGGAUGUACCUUCUGCCGCCACGAAUCAAUUAAACAGACACAUUUCAACCUUUCAAAGAUUAUCAAAUACAUGGGGUAUCGGCGAAAAUACUUUCGAGUACUGGGCAUGGCUUGCUAAGCAGUAUAAAAUAUUCGGUGACCUAUUGGACAUUGCUACAAGAUCUGGGUUCAAGAUCAAUUAUCCCAUUGUAUAUUCAAACAAUAGCAAUCCCGCCGAUUAUCGAUAUGGAUACGGAGGAGGAAGUAUUAAUCUGAAAAUGGUACUGCAACAUGCGGGAUUUUAUUAUCGGUUUGCAGCAGCUUGUACUUCGGAACGGAAAAAGAGAUUUCAAUCCAUUAAUAAACUUAUCCGAGAAUCAAAGGAUACAUCAAAACUGCCACCUGCACAAAUGUUGGAGGCAGAAGGAAAUAUAGAUCAUGCGGUAAUAACAAUUGAACUGUUGACGAAAAGUUAUGAGCAAUUUAAAAGAUACAAGAGUGGCCGAAUGACUUUGUAUCUUGCCUCGGAAAUCGCAAGUACAUAUUUUGAAUCUGGGAAAUACGAAAUGGCUCUCAAAUUUUUUGAAAGGAUUGCAAAAACAUAUCGAAAAGAAAAUUGGCAUUCGAUCCUCGAGUCGAUACUUCGAUUGUCACUAAAGUGCGCGAGAGAACUUGGUGAUUGGGAAAAUGUAAUUAAAUAUUUGAUUGAGUUGUUAUCUGAUCUAACCUGCAAUUUCCAAUUCAGACAAACCUCAACAUUUGUCGGUGCUCCAACACCUUUUCAAAUAGUCAUCAACACCUCAUCCAAUUCACCAGUACAACCGAUACGAUUUGAUUACUUACACCUGUCGUUUAAUAAUGCACAUUUCAAUUAUCAUUUGAUUGAUAAAGGUGAAUUAACUACGAAUAAUAGUUUUAAUCAUAAAGAGAAAAUAAAGUGGGUUGAUUGUCGAGAGGAUUGUCAACAGACUGAGGUUGAGGGAUUCGGAUUUGUUUGGACGAAGAAAGUUAAUUUAAAUAUCACGAGUGGGUCUACAUUUGUGUAUGAGGGGUUGCUGGUUCCAACAGAGAGUGGAGAACUGACGUUGCUUACUAUAUCAUUGGGAUUGUUAACGCCAAAUUGGGAAAUAGAAUUGAAUUUCAAUUCUAAAUCUGAAUUUAAUGAUUCCAAAAUCAAAGGAAAAUGGCUAGAAUUUAAACAAGAAAAUAAUACGGAAUUGAAUGAUAAAAUAACUGUCACCAAGCCAAAAUUUGUUCCAUUAGAAGGAUCCGGCGAACCAUCAUCUAUAAAAAUAACACAUAAACGCGCAAAAGUGGACAUUCAAGUGAAACAUCAUUCCCCUGCUCUCUUGAAUGAACAUUUUCCUAUAGAGUUGACAAUACUCAAUUUGGAGGCGGAGGAUGUUAAAGUCGUGCUCAACGUUGAACUUGUUUCAAUAGAUUUUGAAGGAUCUUUUGCUUAUUUGACCACAGAUAUAACUGAAGAGGGUAAGCAAAGUCUAAACGGAAUAGAUGUGGGAAUAAUUCCGGCUGGACAAUCUUCCAUAAAAGUUGUUUAUAUAUUUGGCGAGAAACUUCCAAUAACUCGAACGCUUCAUUUAUCGAUAUGGUACGCCUCUGCAUCGGGUAUACCCACAACAUUACCCCCUACUCAAGGCUGGAUUGAAAAAGACGAGGAGCUACGAAUACCGUUUAUUGUCCCUUUUGACGUGUCAUUCAGUCUAAUUUCUCAGUAUAAAGGAAUUAAGCAAAAAAGUGGUAAUAAUGAUGUUAAUAAAAGAGAUGAACAAGAAUCAUUUGAGAGAUUAGAAAGACACCUUUUGGUUUCUAAAAUCACAAGUUCUGGGCCUUGGGAUAUCAUUGUAUCGGGUGUUGAUUUGCCUGAUACACUCGAAUCAAAUAAUAAACUCAAGAUUCGAGGCUUUUCUACAGAAUUGGAGGAUGAUUCCCAUCAACAAAAACAAGUAUGGCGACCCGGCGGUGUAUACCAAGCGAAUUAUCUCUUGGAGCUCACAAAUUCUGAUUUAGUGUCUUCACCUGUCGCAGUGAAUACUGGAUCUCUUGUCAUUACUUGGAGAAGAUCCACAAAAUCCGGAGAUGUCAAUACCAUUUUUACCAAAACAAUGUUUCCAGCACCUUCUAUUGAGCCUAGCAAAUCUUUUAUAUCGGUAACCAUCCUAACCCCGCCAGCACUUGUGGUUGGCCAACUCUUCACUCUUACAUACGACAUCACAAACUUUUCAUUAUUACCCGCUCAAAUCCACGUCUACGUCGAAGUACACGAAGCCUUCGUGUUUGCAGGCUACAAACAAACCUUGAUCCGAGUCUCACCAUUAUCCACAUGUUUAUUCAAAGUUAACUGUUUCCCGUUAGUCGCCGGUAAAGUUCGUUUGCCAAGAGUGAGAUUCGUGCUUAAGGCAGAUCCUAAUAUAUCGCCACCAAUAGUAGAUCAAGAUUUAAAGAUUUUCGCACCGGGAAUAAAAGAGAAUACAGAUGAUGAUGAUAUUAUGAUGUUUAUCAGACCGAGACAGAAUAUCGAAGAGAUUAUUCAGUGA